AUGAAGUCCGUCAUCCUUUAUCCUUAUGGACCGCUAACUGGUGGCACUCGCUGCUGCCGCAUGUUGCAUGCCAAAAAUUUGGCCAUAACAAGUGCAAUUUACACAAUUAACAUAUCGCUCUUAAUUGUCUUGAUCUAUUCGUGGCGUAUCAAUGUCAAUAUGCACAAAUCUGGCGAACUGCAGGAUGUCUACUAUGGUGUGCAAAUUGCAUAUUUUGCCAUAAUUGGCACACAAAUGUCGAUGAUAUUGUUGAGCAUUGUGUUGAUAUUUGGCAUCUGUCGGGAGAACCCUGGCCUAAUUGUACCCUGGAUAAUUGGCUAUAUUACGUUUAUGGCCUUGGAAGCUGUCGCCAUGGUUUAUUCGAAUGUUCUGCGUGAUCAUGUGAAUAAGCAAUUUGAUGCCAUGUGCAAGGCGGAGGUAGCGUUUUUUAUUGCUCGCGCUCUUAUAAAUGUUCUAGCCAUGUGGGGCGUUCUGCGCUUCUACAACUUGGUGCGAUCAGGCAUUACCUGGCGCGGUCCGGAGGCCAAAACCGCCAUCUUUGCACCCAUGUACAAGAGCGUGAGCACACACAGCAAAUCCUCGCCAGCCCACCUGGAAGGGAAGAGGUCAAAGCAGCGCCAGAGACGCUAUAGUGUCGAAGUGGAGAGUGGUUGUUGUGCUAUCUUUGACUUUGACAUGGACUACGAUGAGGAUGAUGAGGACGGUGCGGGGGAUGAUGGCGUGGGUUACGAUUAUGAUGACUACUAUGACUACUAUGAGGAUGAGGACGAACAGCAGCUGGAACUAGAGCUGGAGCAGCAGGAGGAUGCCGAUUGUAGCAUGUUGGGUGCUCGGGUGCCCAAGACACGAACUCGCAAGGUCAACUCACAGGUCAAGGGUCAGCGGCAACGGCAACGCACCAACAACAACAUACGCAGCGUGCUGAUAAACAAGCGACACAACAAAUACAAGAUCAGUCGACCGCAAACCCAGCUGGAGGUCAUCAAUGAGUCGGAGAGGAGUGCGGGAAGCGGCAGCGAUGAGAAUGACUCUCUGCUGGUGGCCUAUGACAGCAGCUCAUCAUUGGCGUCGGUUUGACAUUGGCCGCCAUGCCACAA